GAACUGGGAGGAAGAGUAGGGUAGAAUUCACACGGAAUAUUCAGCUGUAGCUGUACAUUUUGUUGGAUAUAUGUUUUCAUAAUAAUUAUUGCGACGUGGACACUAUUUCUCGUGUCUCAGAUGUGAUAGUGUUUUCAUCACAUCACUGCCCCCGGGGCACAGUGAGUGACAGUUACAGUGGAGAUUUUUUAACUACGCUCGAACAGCCUUCAGUCUUCACUUUAGAGGCUUUGGAGUGGAUCAAUUGAAUUAGAAAAUACAUUCUCAACAUGGCUACGGAUCAAGAAAAGAAUAAACAGCUUUUGAUAAAGCUGUUGGAGAGACCGGGGAACGGGAGCUGUGUGGAUUGCGGAGAUGCAGGUACAGUCUAGGCCACUAUGGUCGCAUCAAUGUCUCAAGUAUGUCAGGUCAGGUGGCGCGCGCGCUCCUCCAGACAGGUCUCAGAGCAUUUAAUAUUAUUCUGUACGUAAAUCCGAGACACUGCCAUGCAAGUACUGUAGGCUACUGUAGUGCUCUAUUGUUUGCAGUUAUCAGUGUCUGUUUAAGCUCUAGUGCAGUCAAACAGGUGUCAUUGCAUAACAAUACAGUGAAAUCCGGUGAACAUUUCAAUGUUUGUAUCAGAGAGAGAGAGAGAGUGAGAGAGAGCAAGAGACUGGAACCGUGAGACAGAGGGACAGGCAGAAGGACAGACAGGCAGACUGACGGAAUAACAUAAUAUUUUGGGAUGUAGGCCUAAUUCCCUGGUCUAAAUAUUCCUGCCUUGUGUGAGUUGCCCAGGUUGGCACACUGACAAAUGCCAGUCUAUAGCUUUACCUACCUCAACAGAGUGAGACCUGCAUCUAAUCAUAAUGUAGGUUGUAAUGGAGUCUCCAUACGUUUAUUGUGACCACUGACCAGGAAUACAAUACAGACAAUUUAUGAUUCCUUAAUGCUAUGACUCAUUCAUUUACAUUUUACAUUUACGUUACAUUUACGUCAUUUAGCAGACGCUCUUAUCCAGAGCGACUUACAGUUAGUGCAUACAAUAUUUGCAAAUGCCAUGCUCUACCAACUGAGCUACAUCCCUGCCGGCCAUUCCCUCCCCCCUCCCUGGACGACGCUGGGCCAAUUGUGCGCCGCCCCAUGGGUCUCCCGGUCGCGGCCAGCUACGACAGAGCCUGGAUUCGAACCAGGAUCUCAUUCAAGUGGACAUGCCCUGCCAUCAAUGCAAUAUUAAUCUCCUGGUUCCAUCCUCUGUAGCAGUUACUAUGCUGUACAAGUCAGGGCUUGAAGUCAAAUAGUCAUAGCCUUAUUUAUUUUCAGGGUAAUAAUGAAUAGCAACUGCAUGGAUUUUGAAAAUACUUAAGAGGGUCCAGUCAACAUAAAAUCUAUUGUAUUCCGUCUUUAAAUCAUUUAAUUAGAACUAUCCUUAUGGAUCAUUUAGAUUCCUCAGGAAGUCUGUCUGCCUCCUUCUUCCAUAGCAAGUGUUUCUUGGAAGAGUGUAAGAUUAUCUGCAAUGUGGUUUGUUUGUGGCCCUUCCCUAAGCUCCAAAGAGUGUCACCAGAUCAUCAUGACAUCACAGAUAACAUGAUGACAAAAUAACACAUCAGCGAACUUGGAAUGCAGCCUCCCGCUCUUACAAGGUGUCAGUGAAAUGAGUGGACGAGACAUAGAUCAUACUUAACUGUAAAUAGCUUUUUUAUUAUUCCAUGGGCCUUAUCACAUAGUAGAACACUGUCAUCUAUUAAAUCCUGCAAAUGCCACCUGCUCUUUCAUAAGGCCAAUGCCAAGAGACACUUGUAUUUAAUAUUUCAUCAGGAGUGAUGUGCUAUCAAUGAUGCAGAUCAGACGACCGGUUUAGCCUGUGGAGCCAGUCUGCUCUGUAUGGAGAAGAUAGAUACUCCAGGGUUGUAUUCAUUACGCACCAAAUGGAAGAAAAACAGACUGAAACAGGGACGGACUACUUGGAAUUGUCCAAUAAGAAGCUCUCAUUUUCAUUUUCAUGCAAAACGGUAAAACUAUUUUUUGUUACAUGCCCUAAUGAACAUAACCCAAGGCUGAAUGCUGAGCACACCCACACAUUCCCAUGGUGACUCAGCUAUGAGCUCAUCUCUAGAUCCAAGGUCACAGAGUUCACAGUUAUGUCAUGUCCUGCUUGGCUUUUGAAAGAAAUACAGUAUCUACAAGGUAGUAUUCAUUCAGAUGUUUCUCUGAUGCUAGUAGCAGUAUCUGGUCAGUAUAGGGACUGUGCAGGCCUCUUGGGGUUGCAUCCAUAUCUUCUUUAUUCAUUUCAGUCUUCCAUCGGUUUGGGUUGUUGGGAUCAGGGAUGAUGUGAGUGUUUCCUUUAGUAGAUUUUAAACAAAAGAUACAACAGAUAGGCUGUUUAGAGAGAAAUGUGCUUUGCCAACAAUGGGUGACUGACACUUUACCAUGUAUCCCAGAAUUUCCAAAUGAGAAAUUAUGUGUAUUUCGGUGAAGCUGUUAGUAUGAGCAAACUGAUAGUGAAAACAUUGCAUGCAGUGUCAGGUUAUUUUUUAAACUCACUGCAUGGUUUUUGUCAGUCGUUCUGUAUGAAUGAAUGAAUGAAUGAAUGAAUUAAUGUCUGUCUGUCUGUCUGUCUGUCUGUCUGUCUGUCUGUCUGUCUGUCUGUCUGUCUGUCUGUCUGUCUGUCUGUCUGUCUGUCUGUCUGUCUGUCUGUCUGUCUGUCUGUCUGUCUGUCUGUCUGUCUGUCUGUCUGUCUGUCUGUCUUUCUGUCUGUCUUUCUAAUCUCACAGCAUGGCUGGUGUACUGAGUGUACUGUCUGGGUUUGUGCCAUUACUUUCUGUAAUUGAGAGAAGAGAUGGUUGGUUGAGAUAAAACCAUGGCAUACACUCAUAAUUGUAAACUGUAAAUGUGCAAUAUCAUUAGGAACCAUGCCAAGUAGAUUCUGUCAUCCCUCUGCUGCCCCUCUCUCUCAAUGUCUAUUGCUUUAUUGGCAUGAUGUAACAAUGUACAUAUUGCCAAAGAGUACUUUGGAAAUGAUUCAUUAACAAUAUCAAUAACAACAUCAUUAAAAAUAACAAUCAAGAUUGCCACAAACAGGACAAUCAGUAACAACAAUAAUCAAGGGUGGGGGGGAUGGGGUUGUUUUAGAAAUGGGAAUCAGUAAGAAAAUAAGUCAGUAAAUAAGUCAAUAACAGGAAGAUGUGAAGGUUGGUUGGUCUGUCAGACAAUGUCCCUCUUUAUGGCAUCUCUCUCUCUCUCUCUCUCUCUCUCUCUCUCUCUCUCUCUCUCUCUCUCUCUCACACUUUCACUUUGUCUUCUCCAUUCUCUUUUCCCCAUCUGUCUCUUUUCUGUCCUCUCCUCUCAUGCCUCUUGUCAGUUGUUCCUCCUCUAUCUCUCAAUAUCUUUGCCAUCCCCCACCCUCCCUAUCUCUGUGGCAUUUACCAUAGACAUAAAUCCACUCACUGAGUGACUUGUCUUUUUGCAGGUUUAUGAUCAUCUCGCAUGAUCCCUUUAAUUAGGAGAUGUACUGUAUAUCCCCCACUAUCCCUUUAAUUAGUAGAUGUACAGUACCAGUCAAAAGUUUGGACACACCUACUCAUUCAAGGGUUUUUCUUAAUUUUCUACAUUGUAGAAUAAUAGUGAAGACAUCAAAACUAUGAAAUAACACAUAUGGAAUCAUGUAGUAACCAAAAAAGUGUUAAACAAAUGAAAAUAUGUUUAAUAUUUUAUAUUCUUCAAAGUAGCCACCCUUUGCCUUGAUGACAGCUUUGCACACUCUUGGCAUUCUCUCAACCAGCUUCACCUGGAAUGUUUUUCCAACAGUCUUGAAGGAGUUCCCACUUAUGCUGAGCACUUGUUGGCUGCUUUUCCUUCACUCUGCGGUCCAACUCAUUCCAAACCGUCUCAAUUGGGUUGAGGUCGGGUAUUGUGGAGGCCAGGUCAUCUGAUGCAGCACUCCAUCACUCUCCUUCUUGGUCAAAUAGCACUUACACAGCCUGGAGGUUUGUUGGGUCAUUGUCCUGUUGAAAAACAAAUGAUAGUCCCACUAAGAGCAAACCAGAUGGGAUGGUGUAUCGCUGCAGAAUGCUGUGGUAGCCUUGCUGGUUAAGUGUGCCUUGAAUUCUAAAUAUAUCACAGAAAUUGUCACCAGCAAAGCACCCCCACACCAUCACACCUCCUCCUCCUUGCUUCACGGUGGGAACCACAUAUGAAGAGAUCAUUCGUUCACCUACUCUGCGUCUCACAAAAACAUGGCGUUUGGAGCCAAAAAUCUCAAAUUUGGACUCAUCAGACCAAAAAACAGAUUUCCACCGGUCUAAUGUCCAUUGCUCGUGUUUCUUGGCCCAAGCCUGUCUCUUCUUCUUAUUGGUGUCCUUUAGUAGUGGUUUCUUUGCAGCAAUUCGACCACGAAGGCCUGAUUCACACAGUCUCCUCUGAACAGUUGAUGUUGAGAUGUGUCUGUUACUUGAACUCUGUGAAGCAUUUAUUUGGGCUGCAAUUUCUGAGGCUGGUAACUCUAAUGAACUUAUCCUCUGCAGCAGAGAUAACUCUGGGUCUUCCUUUCCUGUGGCGGUCCUCAUGAGAGCCAGUUUCAUCAUAGCGCUUGAUGGUUUUUGCGACUGCACUUGAAGAAACUUUCAAAGUUCUUGAAAUGUUCCGUAUUGACUGACCUUCAUGUCUUAAAGUAAUGAUGGACUGUCGUUUCUCUUUGCUUAUUUGAGCUGUUCUUGCCAUAAUAUGGACUUAGUCUUUCACCAAAUAGUGCUAUCUUCUGUGUACCACCCCUACAGUGGCUUGCGAAAGUAUUCACCCCAUUGGCAUUUUUCCUAUUUUGUUGCCUUACAACCUGGAAUUAAAAUUGAUUUUUUGGGGGUUUGUAUCAUUUGAUUUACACAACAUACCUACCACUUUGAAGAUGCAAAAUAUAUUUUGUUGUGAAACAAACUUGAAAUACGACAAAAAAACAGAAAACUUGAGCGUGCAUAACUAUUCACCCCCCCAAAGUCAAUACUUUGUAGAGCCACCUUUUGCAGCAAUUACAGCUGCAAGUCUCUUGAGGAAUGUCUCUAUAAGCUUGGCACAUCAAGCCACUGGGAUUUUUGCCCAUUCUUCAAGGCAAAACUGCUCCAGCACCUUCAAGUUGGAUGGGUUCCGAUGGUGUACAGCAAUCUUUAAGUCAUACCACAGAUUCUCAAUUGGAUUGAGGUCUGGGCUUUGACUAAGCCAUUCCAAGACAUUUAAAUGUUUCCCCUUAAACCACUCAAGUGUUGCUUUAGCAGUAUGCUUAGGGUCAUUGUAUUGCUGGAAGCUGAACCUCCGUCCCAGUCUCAAAUCUCUGGAAGACUGAAACAGGUUUCCCUCAAGAAUUUCCCUGUAUUUAGCGCCAUCCAUCAUUCUUUCAAUUCUGACCAGUUUCCCAGUCUCUGCCGAUGAAAAACAUCCCCACAGCAUGAUGCUGCCACCACCAUGCUUCACUGUGGGGAUGGUGUUCUCAGGGUGAUGAGAGGUGUUGGGUUUGCGCCAGACAUAGCGUAUUCCUUGAUGGCCAAAAAGCUAAAUUUUUGUCUCAUCUGACCAGAGUACCUUCUUCCAUAUGUUUGGGGAGUCUCCCACAUGCCUUUUGGCGAACACUAAACGUGUUUGCUUAUUUUUUUCUUUAAGCAAUGGCUUUUUUUCUGGCCACUCUUCUGUAAAGCACAGCUCUGUGGAGUGUAUGGCUUAAAGUGGUCCUAUGGACAGAUACUCCAAGCUCCGCUGUGGAGCCUUGAAACUCCUUCAGGGUUAUUUUUGGUCUCUUUGUUGCCUUUCUGAUUAAUGCCCUCCUUGCCUGGUCCGUGAGUUUUGGUGGGCGGCCCUCUCUUGGCAGGUUUGUUGUGGUGCCAUAUUCUUAAAUUUUUAAUAAUGGAUUUAAUGGUGCUCCGUGGGAUGUUCAAAGUUUCAGAUAUUUUUUUAUAACCCAACCCUGAUCUGUACUUCUCCACAACUCUGUCCCUGACCUGUUUGGAGAGCUCCUUGGUCUUCAUGGUGCUGCUUGCUUGGUGGUGCCCCUUGCUUAGUGGUGUUGCAGACUCUGGGGCUUUUCAGAACAGGUGUAUAGAUACUGAGAUCAUGUGACAUAUCAUGUGACACUUAGAUUGCACACAGGUGGACUUUAUUUAACUAAUUAUGUGACUUCUGAAGGUAAUUGUUUGCACCAGAUCUUAUUUAGGUGCUUCAUAGCAAAGGGGGUGAAUUCAUAUGCACGCACUACUUUUCCGUUAUUUAUUUUUCCAUUUCACUUCACCAAUUUUGACUAUUUUGUGUAUGUCCAUUACAUGAAAUCAAAAUAAAAAUCUAUUUAAAUUACUGUUUGCAAUGCAACAAAAUAGGAAAAACGCCAAGGUGGGUGAAUACUUUUGCAAGGCACUGUACCUUGUCACAACUGAUUGGCUCAAAUGCAUUAAGAAGGAAAUAAAUUCCACAUAUUAACUUUUAACAAGGCACACCUGUUAAUUUAAAUGCAUUCCAGGUGACUACCUCAUGAAGCUGGUUGAGAGAAUGCCAAGAGUGUGCAAAGCUGUCAUCAAGGCAAAGGGUGGCUACUUUGAAGAAUCUCAAAUAUUUAUUUAACACUUUUUUGGUUACUACAUGGUUCCAUAUGUGUUAUUUCAUACUUUUGAUGUCUUCACUAUUAUUCUACAAUGUAGAAAAUAGUACAAAUGAAGGAAAACCCUUGAAUGAGUAGGUGUGCCCAAACUUUUGACUGGUACUGUAUAUCGCAGUGCAACAGUGGCAGGCUACUUAAUGAUAUCAUAUUUUUGUGCAAUGUCUCUAAUGGUUAUACCCUGGUGUGUUGCUUGGCUGAGUUAGAUGAGUUAGAUGUCUCUAAUGGUUAUACCCCGAUGUGUUGCUUGGCUGAGUUACAUUAGUUAGAUUGUGUGUGUGUGUGUGUGUGUGUGUCUCUCUCUCUCUCUCCCUCUGUGUAUGGGGUGUGUGUGUGUCUCCCUCUCUCUCUGUGUAUGGGGUGUGUGUGUGUGUCACUCUCUCUGUGUGUAUGGUGUGUGUGUGAGAUAUGGGGGGGGGGGGGGGGGGGGAUAUUUACUAACACUGAUACAAUGACUGCAGCCUCCAUAGAAAACCACUUGUUCUAGUUCUAUGACCUAAUUAUAAACAGCAGCCACUGAAACCAAAACAGACUAAAAGCAUCUCACACAACAACGCUGGCCAGACAUACAGUAUACAAACAAUGUACUUAGGCAUAGCUAGAAAAGGACAUAUACCACAUUCUUCUAAAGUCUUCCGUUUUAACGACAGGCUCUGCCUUUUCCAUCAAAGCUUUUGACAAAAUGUGUGGAAACUUGAGUCAGGUUUAGGUGUAACUUACUGCGACCUGUGCUGAUGUUGGGGACAGACUUUGUAAAACAGAAUAUAGGCCCUAAAGUCCUAGAAUGACACUAGAAUGUGCUUCAUAUCACUCUUUCCUGGGUCCCUUGUAUUAAAGCUAAAUUUCAUGCAAACAUACUGAGCUACAUGAGAGUCUUUUUAGGGAAAAUACUUACAGAAAGUUAUACCAUAUCUUGUUACAGCAGAGCAGUAUGUUUCCCAGGGGGCCGUGGGGCUCUAUAGAUUCCCUAUGUCCGUCUGUCCUUUUGUCUGUCCAGCCGUCCAUUUGUCUGUCUGUCUGUCUGUCUGACCAUUUGUCUGUCUGUCUGUGUGUCUGUUUGUCCGGCUGUCUGUCUGUCUGUUUGUCUGUCUGUCUGUAGAGGAUGCAGUGGAAUACUGAUGGUGGUAAAGGUGCAGGUUGCAUGUUUCGUUGAUUGAGGUCACCAAAUACUGUCUGUAUGAAGCUAUAGAUUCACAUCUGGUCCUAGCGAGAAACACUUGUAUUGUUGUACAAUUCUCUUGGCGUAUCAAUAUCUUAUUCAUAACAGAAAGGAAAGGUAUGUGUUUGGUGCUAUUGGCACUCCUCUGCCAAUAGCAGGCAUAAGAGGCCGGCUGAAGUUGAGUUGCUACACCAGAUGAACCCAUAGUGGCUGUAUGUAUUGUGAUCAGUAAAUAUAUUCAGGGAGACCUCCCCAACCGACCACUGUUUGUUUCUGGUGUCUAUGUCAGGAGCAGCGUCGAGCCACAAAUAGUGUCUAUGGGAAACGUUACCCCAUAACGAUGACUCAAGGUGAGUCUCCGUGGCGCCCGAUAGACUCUGUCACCUCUCCUGUUCCCCACCCUUUCCCCAUAGCUAUCAGACAGAUAGGAGAACCACCCUCCCCUCCCUCCCCACACCAGCCCCCACAGGAGGACAGUCUCGUACUAGCAGACGUUUAGCCCAACACUCUGAUGUGAGCGCUAAUGGUCUGAUUGAUGUCCACCGGUUACUAUGAAGCCAUGCGUCACAACUCUGGAAAUUAGCUGGGGAUCCUUUACCUUAGCUCCAUUUGUUUGCUCUGAGGACACUGCUAUGAGACUCUGCUCUGAAAUCUAGGACAGUGAGGAGGAGAAUUCACACUGUAUGGGGUCAGACUGAUGGCUGAUGGGUAGACUAGGGAGCUACAGGUGACCUGCUGUCUGGUUGUUGAGUUGAACACAGCUUUAUUGUAUUCAUUAGGCCACACAACGGAAAACACUUUAAAACGCUUUGCAACGGAAAACAAAAAUUAGCAUUUCUAAUUGGACAAGUCUCAGUUUGGUGUCUAAUGAAGACAUCUGGGAUACAGUGUCCUGACUGCUGUCCUGCAGAUAUAGAAGAGAGAUGUGUUCCCCAGACUAAGGGAGCUCCCAGGCAGUCUUAAAGGAGGCUGCUGGAGCUGAUUAGGAUCUCUCCUGUCCUCUCUCCCAGUCUCCCAUCUUCCAUGUCCUAGCCCAGAGUCUCUGUGUCUGUCUGUCUGUCUGUCUGUCUGUCUGUCUGUCUGUCUGUCUGUCUGUCUGUCUGUCUGUCUGUCUUUCUGUCUGUCUGUCUGUCUGCCUGCCUGUCUGUCUGUCUGUCUGUCUGUCUGUCUGUCUGUCUGUCUGUCUGUCUGUCUGUCUGUCUGUCUGUCCUCCCUCUUUAUCAUACAUACUCUCUUUGUCAUUGUAUGACAGUAACAAAGUAUUCACCAAAUCUCAUUCUCUUCUCAACCAAUUAAGUCUUCUUCUUGUAGCAUGGUGUUGUACUUAUUUCUUUACUAUGAAGAUACUGUACAUGCAGACAGGAAGUAGCAGACAUAGAUUAUCUACAGUGCUCAAUGAGAACUAGAACUAUAAGGCCCAGUGCAGUCAUUUCCAUGUGUUUUAUAUAUAUUUCCACGCUAUGAGGUUGGAAUAAUACUGUGAAGUAUCAUAAUGCCCUUUUAGUGUAAGAGCUGUUUGAAAAGACCGCCUGAAAUUUCAGCCUGUUUUGAUGGGAUGUAGUUUUGACCUGCCUGGUGUCAUUACCUGCUAAGAAGCUAUUUUGGUUCCUUUUGACCAUUUUAAUUGAAAACAAUCACAGUAAGGUAUUUCAUUGUUACUCAGAAAUGCUAUGAUAUUGAGAUAAAAACGGCUGCAUUGGACCUUUAAGAUAUCAGUCUAGAGGUCUGUGGUAACCACAUCAUGGUAGUAGUGGCCUGUUCUAUCUCUGUUAGUCUGAGGCAGCCUUAAAAUGAACUUCCCCAUUUGUAGUACUGUCAUUGUUGCUGUGAACUAAGGGUGUGUCCUGUGUGCACGUAUGUGUUCUCACGUGUGUGUUUUUCAGACCCGGAGUGGGCGUCCUACACCCUGGGUGUGUUUGUGUGUCAGAGCUGCUCGGGCCUCCAUAGAAACAUCUACCAGAUCAGCAAAGUCAAGUCUGUCCUGCUGGACCCAUGGAGUGAUGCGGAGGUAGAGGUGAGUCUGUCCUGCUGGACCCAUGGAGUGAUGCGGAGGUAGAGGUGAGUCUGUCCUGCUGGACCCAUGGAGUGAUGCGGAGGUAGAGGUGAGUCUGUCCUGCUGGACCCAUGGAGUGAUGCGGAGGUAGAGGUGAGUCUGUCCUCUGGACCCAUGGAGUGAUGCGGAGGAAAAGGUGAGUUGAGUUUGCCAUUGGUUCUGUGUGUGUGUGUUAGCCCUACGCUUUGUGUCUGUCUGUCUGUCUGUCUGUCUGUCUGUCUGUGUGGUGUGUUUUGUGUGUGUGUGUGUGUGUGUCUUGUGGGCAGUGUUGUGAGGAAAGCCUCUCAGCCCUAAUUCUGGCAGGAUUGAUGCAGGGAGGGAAAGAAAGUGAAAGAAGGGAGAUGGAGAUGGAGACCAAAUGAGUUGCAAGGAAGACAGAAUGAGAGAAAAAUGUGGGAGGCUAGAGAUAAGGGGGAGGUGUCAAGGUAUGGUAUUGAUCUUGUGUGCAUGCCAGCACAGUGCAUGUGUGUGUAUGUAUGUGCAUGUAUGCAUGAGUGUGUGUGCGUGUGUGCAUGUGUGUCUUUGUAUGCAUGACUGUGUGUGUGUGUGUGUGUGUGUGUGUGUGUGUGUGUGUGUGUGUGUGUGUGUGUGUGUGUGAGUGAAACCCAGCUCAUGAAACAUCUGUUUCUCUCUGUGAUUGCAGUUUAUGGCGUCCAACGGCAACGAUGCUGCUAAAGCCAAAUACGAACAGAAAGUGCCUGCUUUCUACUACCGUCCUACACACACAGACUGCCAGUAAGUGACUUGGUCCCUGGCCCCUGGCCCCUGGGCCCUGGCCCCACUUGGCCCGCUGGCCUAACCACCCACCCCUUCAUGCCCUGCUCCAGGUCCCUCAGCUGGGUCACCUCUGUCUGUGUGACUGCUCCACCCAUCCUCUAAACACUGUAACGGAACACAAGACAGAGGCUAGAUUGGUAACCAAAAGCAUGAACAAACGUCUGCAGUCAUGGGUUACCAAACUUCACCAAACGUCUGCAGUCAUGGGUUACCAAACUUCACCAAACGUCUGCAGUCAUGGGUUACCAAACUUCACCAAACGUCUGCAGUCAUGGGUUACCAAACUUCACCAAACGUCUGCAGUCAUGGGUUACCAAACUUCACCAAACGUCUGCAGUCAUGGGUUACCAAACUUCACCAAACGUCUGCAGUCAUGGGUUACCAAACUUCACCAAACGUCUGCAGUCAUGGGUUACCAAACUUCACCAAACGUCUGCAGUCAUGGGUUACCAAACUUCACCAAACUUCUGCAGUCAUGGGUUACCAAACUUCACCAAACGUCUGCAGUCAUGGGUUACCAAACUUCACCAAACGUCUGCAGUCAUGGGUUACCAAACUUCACCAAACGUCUGCAGUCAUGGGUUACCAAACUUCACCAAACGUUACCAACUUUAAACUUGUGGACUUCUCAUUGGCACGCCUGUAAAAUGACACCUUCUCAAAAGACUAAAUGAGUUAUAGUCAUAUGGAGGAAACUCCACUUAGAGUCUAGGAGGUAGAGCCAUUACCAGAUGUUGGUUACCUAUACAGGUUCCUCCUUUCAGGUGUGCAACGUUUAGUCAUCAAUGGCAGAGGCCAGAGGAAAGGCAACAGUUUGGAAUGCAGCCACAGUGCAUUCCUUGUCUUACGUCAGAUAGCGCGACGAUUCCGCUUGCACUGGUUGAGGGACGAGCGUAGGAGUGACAUUACUGGUUGUAAGACAAUGGCCACAGUGUUGACAGGCAGAACAGUACCCUUCAAAAGGAGUCAUCAGCCUGGUUCUCCUGGGUGAUAACAGUCCCACUGGGAACAGACGUCAGUUCAACGUCUAGUUUUUAAUUUACAUUUGGUUGAGUUGUCAACUAACGUGAAUUCAAUGUGAAAUCAACAAAAUAUUUCACCAUGUCAUUGGAUUUAGAUAACAAAAAUAGAAAGAGUAGCACACACAAGAGAGCGGAGUCGGUUGAUGAGGCGUGGUAGAGAGGCUAGAAAGAGUAGAACACACGAGAGAGAGAGCAAACACACACACACAGUCUCAGGCUUUAUACGUUUGUGUUUGUCUGUUCAUAUUGCCUGUGUGCAUGUUAAGACGGAUUACUGAUAAGACAGACCGAGCGAAGAGAGAGAGAUAGUGAGGGAAAGUGUUGAAAGACAAGGGUGGGGAUGAAGGGAGGGGGGGGAGGGAGGGAGGGAAGAAGACGUGGAAUGAGUGAUCAAUUCAGAGCGAGUCCGAGGGAAUUGGAGAGAAGGGUGUCAAAGUAUGUUUAUGGGUGAUUGUCCAUUCCAAUCAUUUCUGUAAUCAAAAUCCUGAUUAUUUGACAGGGCAGAGGAGCAAUAUAAUAUUUAAAAGAUAAGUACUGCAUUAUAGAUUCACUGGAUGAGAACUCCAGGGUUGUGUUCAUUAGGCACCAAACGGACUGCAACAAGGAGGAACUAUCUGGACUGGUCCAAUAAGAAAUACUCCUUUUUGUGUUCCGUUGCAAAACAUUUUCAGUUGCGUGCCCUAAUGAACACCACCCUGAUCUGUCAUCCAUGUUGGUUAAUGAGAUAUUAUUGACAGUGAAUCUUUUCAAGCAUAAACACAGUAAAUAUAGUAAACAAACACCAACUGUUUCUGCAGGCUCCUUCGGGAACAGUGGAUCAGAGCCAGAUACGAGAGGAAUGAGUUUGUGUGUGUGGAGAGACAGGAGCCUUACUCUGCAGGUAAGACUGAGUACACACGCGCACGCGCAUGCGCACGCGCACACACACUCACACUCACACUCACACUCACACUCACACUCACACACACAAACGCAUGCACAUGCACACAUGCAUACAAACAAGCACACAUGCACACACUCACACACACACACACACAUGCACGCACACGCACAUACACACACACACUCACACUCACACACACAAACGCAUGCACAUGCACACAUGCAUACAAACAAGCACACAUGCACACACACACACACACACACACACACACACACACACACACACACACACACACACACACACACACACACUGAGCCUGAGUCUUUGUCUCUGUCUUUAUUCUCUCACCACAGUGUGCUUCUCAACACCCCUGCAUUCCACACUCAGAGAAUAAUGGACUUUCUAGGGCUGAACAGAUGAUAAAAUCAGUAGUGAAAGAAAGACAGAGAGAUAAAUAGUGAGUGGGACAGAGAUAGAGAAGAAAGAAAGAAGCCUCAACAUUACCUCUCUUUCCUGGAAAUCAAUUAAAAUAAUAUCAAAGGCCAUUCAACUUUGAGAGAUUUGACUGUCUUUGAGACUGUCUUUGGCACCCCAAUGGUGGAACAAGCUCCCUCACGACGCCAGGACAGCGGAGUCACUCACCACCUUCCGGAGACAUUUGAAACCCCACCUCUUUAAAGAAUACCUGGGAUAGGAUAAAGUAAUCCUUCUACCCCCCCCCCCCCCCCCCCCUUACUCCAACCCCCCCACCUAAAAAUAAUAAUAAAAAUAAAUAAAUAAAUAAAAUUGUAAAGUGGUUAUCCCACUGGCUAUAAGGUGAAUGCACCUAUUUGUAAGUCGCUCUGAAUAAGAGCGUCUGCUAAAUGACGUAAAUGUAAAUGUAAAUGUAAAUGUAAUUUCUCGUGCUUCAUUCCAUUCAUGUCGAUUCAUCAUUGUUAGGCCUACAUCAUGUUAUCUCAGGACCACAUGAGCAGUAAAGAGCUUGUUACAUGGAGACGGUAAUACAAUAAGCCUUGUAAGUGCCGCCUUGUCAUCUGGCUUCAGCGACCGCCACAUUGCUGUCCUGUCCUUUCCUUUACAAAAGGCCUCUGUGAUGCAGAAAGACAGACAGAAAUGUGCUAACAGAGUUGGGUAGUUUCUAAAUGUCAUCCAUUACAGUUACUAGUUACCUGUCCAAAAUUGUAAUCAGUAACGUAACUUUAGGAUUACCCAAACUCAGUAACAUAAUCAGAUUAUUUUCAGUUACUUUUGGAUUACUUCCCCUUAAGAGGCAUUAGAAGAAGACAAAAAGGAUCCAUCAAACACAUUUGGUGUCAUCAUAGUGGUCUCUGACCUGUGGUCAGACUCACUAAAACUUAAACUUGUACCUUUUUUCAAUGCUGAAUUGAAAAACCAUUAAGAAAACUGAAAGGUGUGACAAUGUAUUUUCUUUUCUCACAAACAUCCUCUCCGAAUGUAAAAGUAAUCCAAGCAGGAAUCAUCUACAUUUUCAAAAGUAUCUGUAAUCAGAUUACAAUAUUAUUUGGGUGAACAGAUUACUCACACACACACACACACACACACACACACACACACACACACACACACACACACACACACACACACACACACACACACACACACACACACACACACACACACACACACACACACACACACACACACACACACACACACACACACACACACACACACACACACACACACAGUCAGUCAAACAGUCAGCCACUCAGUGUUAGCCACUCAGUCAGUCAGUCAGUCAGUUAGUCUGUCAUGAGUCAGUUAGUCGAUCAGUCAGUUAGUCAUUCAGUCGGUCAGUCGGUUAGUCAGUCAGUCACUCAAUCAGUCAAUUAGUCAGUCGGUCAGUCAGUCAUUCAGUCAGUCAUCAUAUAGUCGGGCAUCAUCAUUAUCUCUCUGGUGAGUGUCUCUGUCCUCUAUUCUCUCUGCCACCACAGAGGAAUCAGCCUUAAAGGGAUAGUUUGGAUUUUGCUGACUUCCCCGAGGUCAGAUGAACUCGUGGAUACCAUUUUUAUGUAUCUGCGUCCAGUAUGAAGCUGGACUCUGGGGAGCAUGUUAGUCUUUGUGCUAAUGCCAAUUAGCAUUGGCUCGCGAAAAUACAUUGCGAAAAGAACUUCCUUCAAAAUGGACGCAGAUACAUUUGUAUUUGUAUUUAUUAUGGAUCUCCAUUAGCUGCUGCCAAGGCAGAUUUCACAACAUAUUAAGUGUGUGCCCUCAGGCCCCUACUAUACUACCACAUAUCUACAACACAAAAUCCAUGUGUACGUGUGUGUAUAGUGCGUAUGUUAUCGUGUGUUUGUAUGCAUGUGUUUGUGCCUGUGUUUGUGUUGCUUCACAGUCCCCGCUGUUCCAUAAGGUCUAUUUUUUAAAUGUAUUUGUAUCUAAUUUUACUGCUUGCAUGAGUUACUUAUUGUGGAAUAGAGUUCCAUGUAGUCAUGGCUCUAUGUAUUACUGUGCACCUCCCAUAUUCUGUUCUGGACUUGGGGACUGUGAAGAGACCUCUGGUGGCAUGACUUGUGGGGUAUGCAUGGGUGUCCGAGCUGUGUGCCAGUAGUUCAAACAGAAAGCUCGGUGCAUUCAACAUGUCAAUACCUCUCACAAAUACAAGUAGUGAGGAAGUCAAUCUCUCCUCCACUUUGAGCCAGGAGAGAUUGACAUGCAUAUUAUUAAUGUUAGCUCUCUGUGUACAUCUGAACAGUAGUCCAGGUGCGAAAAAACUAGGGCCUGUAGGACCUGCCUUGUUGAUAGUGCUGUUAAGAAUGCAGAGCAGCGCUUUAUUAUGGACAGACUUCUCCCCAUCCUAGCUACUGUUGUAUCAAUAUGUUUUGACCAUGACAGUUUACAAUCCAGGGUUACUCGAAGCAGUUUUGUCUCCUCAACUUGCUCAACUUGCUCAAUUACCACAUUAUUCAUUACAUGAUUUAGUUGAGGUUUAGGGUUUAGUGAAUGAUUUGUCCCAACUACAAUGCGUUUCGUUUUUGAAAUAUUUAGGACUAAGUUAUUCCUUGCCACCCAUUCUGAAACUAACUGCAGCUCUUUAUUAAGUGUUGAUGUCAUUUCAGUCGCUGUGGUAGCUGACAUGUAUAGUGUUAAAUCAUCCGCAUACUGGCUUUACUCAUACGUUUUUCCAGAAACAGACUAUGAUCGAUAAUGUCAAAAGCCGCACUGAAGUCUAACAAAACAGACCCCACAAUCUUUUUAUCAUCAAUUUCUCUGAGCCAAUCAUCAGUCAUUUGUGUAAGUGCUGUGCUUGUUGAAUGUCCUUCUCUAUAAGCAUGCUGAACUUCUGUUGUCAAUUUGUUUACUGUAAAAUAGCAUUGUAUCUGGUCAAACACAAUUUUUGGUAAAAGGCUGAUUGGUCGGCUAUUUAAGCCAGUAAAAGGGGCUUUACUGUCCUUAGGUAGGGGAAUAACUUUUGCUUCCCUCCAGGCCUGAGGGCACACACUUUCUAGUAGGCUUAAAUUGAAGAACGGCAAAUAGGAGUGGCAAUAUUGUCCGCUAUUAUCCUCAGUAAUUUUCCAUCCAAGUUGUCAGACCCUGGUGGCUUCCACACUUACUUUACAGAAUUCAAAAUUACAAUGCUUGUCUUUCAUAAUUUGGUCAGCGUUUGUUGCUGGCAUGUCAUGCCUAAGUUUGCUAAUCUUGCCAAUUAAAAAAUCAUUCAAGUAGUUGGUAAUAUCAGUGGGGUUUGUGGAAUGAGCCAUAAAAAUGGUAUCCACAAGUUCAUCUGACUCCGGGGAAGUCAGAAAAAUCCAAACUAUCUCUUUAACAUAGUCACUCACACUCCUACUGCCAGUGACUCUUGUCUCAGCUGACUCUGGUGUUAGAUCUGACCUGGGGUCUGUCAGCUGUGAUCUCUGUUUGCGCGGGUGGUACUGUAGAGAGUGACGUGGCUGUACCAGGAUCAGGCCAGUGCCAGUGGCUGGAUGGUGGGUGUGUUCUGGGUGACAGGGUCCUGUUAUCCCCAGUGUCCCGUGACUGUCAACACUUCUCUUUCUAUGUGUCUAUCUCCAUCUGUCUGUCUCUCUGUUUCCCUCUCUAUCUGUCCAUCUGUCUCUCUGUUUCUCUAUCUGUCUCUCUGUUUCUCUCUCUAUCUGUCUCUCCAUCUGUCUCUCUAUUUCUCUAUUUCUCUCUCUCUCUCUUUUUCUCUCUCUCUCUCUCUCUCUCUCUCUCUCUCUCUCUCUCUCUCUCUCUCUCUCUCUCUCUCUCUCUCUCUCUCUCUCUCUCUCUCUCUCUCUCUCUCUCUCUCUCUCUCUCUCUCUCGACCAGAGCAUGAUGACUUCAUCACUACACCAAGAAGAGAGGGAGGGAGGGAUGAAGAGAAAGAGGCAGGGAUGGAGAGCGGGAGGACAGAAGGGAGAGGAGGUAGGGAUGGAGAGAGGGAGGACAGAAGGAAGAGGGAGGUAGGGAUGGAGAGAGGGAGGACAGAAGGGAGGGGAGGGAGGGAUGGAGAGAGGGAGGACAGAAGAGAGGGAGGUAGGGAUGGAGAGAGGGACAGAAGAGAGAGGGAGGUAGGGAUGGAGAGAGGGACAGAAGAGAGAGGGAGGUAGGGAUGGAGAGAGGGACAGAAGAGAGAGGGAGGUAGGGAUGGAGAGAGGGACAGAAGAGAGAGGGAGGUAGGGAUGGAGAGAGGGAGGACAGAAGGGAGGGAUGGAAGAAGAAAGGGAGUGUUUCUUACUUCCAGCACGUUUCCCUAAAGGCCUUUGCAGACUGUACGUCGGAUUCAGUCAUUCAUGAUUAUCACGUCACACUGUGCGAUGUUGCCAAAUAAAAAUCUUGAUAUCAACCUGGCAAGAUUUUACAAUUUGCUUCAGUUCUGUGAUUGGCGACAUCAGCCGACGUAGGCUACGUAAACUGCAGUGGUGUUUUUGAUCUGCACAUGUGCCAGCACCAGCAGCGCCAGCCUCUCUCUAUGCUUAUGCGCGAGUGAACUGAAAGUAUGAAUCUUAGAAAUAGUUUUCACAUACAAACUUUUUGUCCGAACUCAGAAUCAAAAAAACAUGGUCGCUGUGGUAGAACGUUUAUUUUGAUAGCUAAUUUUUUGCAUUUGGUAGCCUGAUUUCAGAUGUGUCGUGUAAACAAGAUUAUUAGGGAAAUCGGUCUUCUUGCACAGCAUGUAAACAUUUAAAUCAAAUUAUUAUAUUAAUCUCACUAUUCACAAUAAUCGUAUUAUUGUGUGCAUACUCAGUGCCAGCCGUCUUCCUAUUGGUCAGUCACUGGGGUUGGCUCGUAACACCAGCCACACACUACACAAUAAAGGCGAAAAAAUCCUGACACUGCCAGAACUUUGUUGGAGCCUACGACCGCAUGUAGUGGUACUUAAUCGGACCCUGUCACACUGAAUGACCCAAGACGUCCGAAAAUCAUUUACGACCUAAGAAUUUUCCCACGACGUGGACAAUUUGUCUGAGACGGCAAAAUGUUGGCAUAAGACAGCUAAAAUGGUGCAGUCUGCAAAAGCCUUAAGGAGAAUGGAACACUUUCACAGCAGUAUUAACUGAGAUUAACUGACACUCUGCUAUUCAUUCUUCAGUCUCAUUCUUUCACUCUGUUGUCUGUCUUUUAGUGCAUUGCAGUGUAAUGGGAUUUGAUAGUUUGAUAGUAAUAUUCUAUUCACGUGUGUGUGUGUGUGUGUGUGUGUGUGUGUGUGUGUGUGUGUGUGUGUGUUGCGUGCGUGCGUGUGUCCAUGUGUGACUCAUUGCUGUGUUGGUAGAGUUGACAGUACGAUGUGUGUGUGUGUGUAGGGCAGUGACAGUGCAGUUCUGCUCCUAGUUGUCUCUGUCUGUUGGCUGAGACUGAGUGAGGACAGAGAGGCCAGUGACAGGAACAGACAGGGAGCACAGAGCCAUGGUGUGUAUGUGUGUGUGUGUGUGUGUGUGUGUGUGUGUGUGUGUGUGUGCUUUCUGAAUAGGGUAGAGUGUUGAUUUCAGCAUCGAUCAUAAUGUUGGAGGAAGCAAUUGAUCUCUGCUGAGACAAUUCAAGGUGAAUUAUUCAUGGAAGCUAAAGGCCAAGACAACAGACAUCACCACCUUAACCCUGCCUCAGCACAUCACAGAGGAUGGUGACCUGGGAGUUUAGAUACGUGCACACACACACACACACACAGAAUCCACUGGACCCCAGCUUCACUACUGAAUCCUGUUCUAUCCUUUUUAAUCCUGCCCUCUGUGUUGUUUUUGUUUCUCUCCCUUUUACGCUCUCCUCCUCUCCUCUCCUGCUCUCACUCCUCCUCUCCUCUCCUGCUCUCACUCCUCCUCUCCUCUCCUGCUCUCACUCCUCCUCUCCUCUCCUGCUCUCACUCUUCCUCUCCUCUCCUGCUCUCACUCCUCCUCUCCUCUCCUGCUCUCACUCCUCCUCUCCUCUCCUGCUCUCACUCCUCCUCUCCUCUCCUGCUCUCACUCCUCCUCUCCUCUCCUGCUCUCACUCCUCCUCUCCUCUCCUGCUCUCACUCCUCCUCUCCUCUCCUGCUCUCACUCCUCCUCUACUCUCCUGCUCUCACUCCUCCUCUCCUCUCCUGCUCUCACUCCUCCUCUCCUCUCCUGCUCUCACUCCUCCUCUCCUCUCUUGCUCUCACUUCUCCUCUCCUCUCCUGCUCUCACUCCUCCUCUCCUCUCCUGCUCUUUCUCCUCCUCUCCUCUGCACCUUUGUCUUUGGAAUGGGACCCCUGUGGUUCCUCUCCUUGCAGGGUACCGAGAGGGGUUUCUAUGGAAACGGGGCCGAGAUAACGGACAGUUCCUGAGCCGAAAAUGUAUUCUGUCAGAGCGGGAUGGCGCUCUGAAGUACUUCAACAAGCAUGAUGUGAGUGUAGUGCUAUAUCCCCCCCCCCCCCCCCCCCCCCCCCCCCUCUCUCUCUCUCUCUCUCUCUCUCUCUGAUGGGGGACAACACUGGCAUAAAAUAGCAAACCUUGCUAGUGACUGUAGUUACUAGAGGAAGCUUGUAGGUGAUUGUUCUGCAGCUGAACGAUGAUGAUGAUGAUAAUGAUGGCUACAACGAUGAUGAUGGUGAUGGUGGUGGUGGUAGUGGUGAUGGUGGUGGUGGUGAUGAUGAUGAUGAUGGUGGUGAUGGUGGUGGUGGCGAUGAUGAUGUUGGUGGUCGUGAUGAUGGUGAUGGUGAUAAUGAUGAUGGUGGUGGUGAUGAUGAUGGUGGUGGUGAUGAGGAUGGUAGGGUGAUGAUGGUGCUGGUGAUGAGGAUGGUGGGGGUGAUGAUGGUGGUGGUGGUGAUGGUGAUGAUGGUGGUGGUGGUGAUAAUGAUGAUGGUGGUGAUAAUGAUGAUGGUAGUGGUGAUGGUGGUUGUGAUGAUGAUGAUGAUGAUGAUGAUGAUGAUGAUGAUGAUGGUGGUGAUAAUGAUGAUGGUGGUGAUAAUGAUGAUGGUGGUGGUGAUGGUGGUUGUGAUGAUGAUGGUGGUGGUGGUGGUGGUGGUGGUGAUGAUGGUGGUGGUGGUGGUGAUGAUGGUGGUGAUAAUGAUGAUGGUGGUGGUGAUGGUGGUGGUGAUAAUGAUGAUAGUAAUAAUGAUAUGGUGGUGGUGAUAAUGAUGGUGAUGAUGAUUGUAGUGGUGGUGAUGAUGAUGGUGAUGAUGAUGAUGAUGAUGAUGAUAAUGAUGAUGAUGAUGAUGGUGAUGGUGAUGAUGAUGAUGGUGGUGGUGGUGAUGAUGAUGGUGGUGAUGAUGACAGUGGUGGUGAUGAUGAUGAUGAUGGUGGUAGUGAUGAUAAUGGUGUUGGUGAUGAUGAUGGUGGUGAUGAUGACGGUGAGGUGAUGAAGAUGUAUACUCUCUUCCCCCUCCCUUCUCUCCCUGUACAGGCCAGAGAGCCCAAGGCUGUCAUGAAGAUCCACACCCUGAAUGCCUCCUUCCAGCCUAGUAAGAUAGGCCAGCCCCACGGCCUGCAGGUCACCUAUCUGAAGGACAACAGCACCAGGAACAUCUUUGUCUACCACGAGGAUGGCAAGGUGAGGUGAACAACUUUGAGGCAAUGUUGUGUGGUCAUUGGGCGUUUGCUUGGCUGCUGGUGGACACAAACAGACAGUCAGGAAGGUACAGUCGACUCCUGGGCCAUGUUCAUUAGGGUGCACAACAGAAUAAAAAAUUAAAACAUUCGGAACGGGAAACGAACAUGACAUUUCUUAUUGGAUGAGUUGAAGUAGUCCCUCCCUGUUCCAGUUAGUUUUUCUUCUGUUUGGUGUCUAAUGAACACGGCCCUGAGCAAUGCAGGUCAACAGUCCCAUAUCAAGUACAUUCUCUUGACUUGCUCUGGAUAUCUGCAUGUUCCGGGAUGGUUAAUUUGCUUUCACACCAGUCCCACACUGUAGCAAAACAUUUUGCAACGGAAACAGAAAUGAGCGUUUCUUAUUGGGCAAUUAAGUACCUCCCUGGUUCACUCAGUUUCAAAGCGUUUUCUUCUGUUUCCUGGAGAACACCACCCAGGAGUGGACUGUCUCUAUAGACCAGGGGUGUCAAACGUACGGCCCGCGGGCCGGAUCAGGCCCGCAAACGGGUUUAAUCCGGCCCGCGAGAUGAUUUUGAGAAUUUUUUUAUUUUUAUUUUUUUUUUAAGUAUAAAAAUGGGCUGCAAUUUUUCAAUAAAAUAAACUGCUGUUACAAUUGCGUCCACUGGAUGGCGCAAUAGCAAUUGUGUUAAGCAAGCAAACUGUUUAUACCGGGGCAGAGCAAGUAGGUCAAGCACGUGCAGCCAAUGAGCUACUUUGUUUUGCCCGCGAUAUUUAUUACGGCUUCUACUUUUAACAUUAUUUGCUUUGGCACCCUCAUUGCCCCAAUAUGUCUCUGUCAAAAAAGAGAAAAGUGGACGCAGAGUGCAGAGUGUUCCAAGAAAAAUGGUCAUCCUAUUUAUUCACGGAAUUGAAUGGGAAAGCUGUAUGUUUUGUGUGUUCAGAGCAUGUUGCAGUGCUGAAAGAAUAUAACCUUCGUCGCCACUAUGUGAGUCUUCAUGCCAACAAAUAUGACAACUUUCAAGGACAGCGGAGAUGAGAGAAGGUGAAUGAACUGUUGGCGGGUCUGAAGAAACAGCAGUCUGUGUUUACUCACAGCCGAGACAUCAGUGACGCUGCAGUGAAAGCUAGAUACUUCAUUGCUAAUGAAAUCGCAGUGGCUUCAAAACCAUUUAGUGAGGGUGAAUUUGUAAAAACAUGCAUGAUGAAGGCAGCGGAGAUUGUGUGCCCUGAAAAGCGGCAGGCUUUUGCAAAUAUCAGCCUGACAAGAAACACAGUUGCAGACAGGAUUUCCGAUCUUUCAGUGGAUUUGGACAGCCAGUUGAAGCAAAAAGUAAAGUCAUUUAUUGCGUUUUCGGUUGCAAUUGAUGAAAGCACGGACAUUACAGAUGUUGCACAACUGGCCAUUUUCAUCCGCGGAGUUGAUGACACAUUGACCGUCACCGAGGAGUUCGUGGAGUUGGUGCCGAUGACAGAUACAACGACAGCAGCUGAUAUUUUUACCGCACUCGUCGGCGCGCUGGACAGGGUCGGAGUGGACUGGUCCCGCGCUGUCAGCCUGGCUACAGAUGGUGCGCCCUCAAUGAUCGGGAAAAAAGCAGGCGUUGUGACAAAGUUCAGAGAGAAAGUGCAAUCUGCAAAUGGAGGACGUGAUUUUUUGACUUUUCACUGUAUUUUGCACCAGGAGGCUUUGUGUUGCAAGUCAUUAAAGAUGGAUAACGUCAUGAAGGUGGUCAUCCAAACUGUUAAUUUCAUCCGAUCCAGAAGCCUGAAUCACCGUCAGUUUGACAGCCUUCUCAGAGAGAAAGACCACACCUAUGGCCUGCCAUACCACACUGAGGUAAGAUGGUUAAGCCGAGGUGCUGUGCUGAGGCGUUCUUUGAUUUACGAGAAGAAAUUGAACAGUUAAUGGAAGAAAAGGGCAAACCAGUGUUAGAAUUUCAUUCAGCAGAAUGGAUGCAGGACCUUGCAUUUAUGGUGGAUGUUACAGAGCACCUGAAUAACUUGAACAAACAGCUGCAAGGGCGCAACAAAGUUGUCACGCAGUAUUAUGACAGCGUACGUUCUUUCAAGUUGAAGCUGUCAUUGUGGGAGACGCAACUUGCCGGUGGUGAUGCAGCUCACUUCCCCUGUCUGAAAAAUGUGUGCGCGACCCAACAUGUGGCAGACAUGAAGCGGUUCAAAGAUAAAAUAACGGGACUGUUACGGGAGUUUGAGCAACGCUUUCAGAUUUAUGUUGAUGUUUUUAUGUUGAUGUGCUAUUGUUUUUAAUUGAUUUUAUUUGUAUAUUUAACCUAUUCUUGACUCUGUGGUUCUUGCACUUGUUUGGGGAACAGGAUUUCAUUAUUUGUAUCUACAUUUCUGCCUGAGAAAUGACACCCUGAUAUAGUUCUGUGAUCUGUGAUAUACUUCUGUGAAUCACUGAGGCAUUGUGUGUUUGUGUGUUCUUUGUCCUCAGAACUUUCAAAUAACUUGAGGUGUUUUAUGAUUAAUAGUAAUGUUGUGCUUUUGGACACUGUCCUCAGGCUCCAGCUUUAUGUUUAUAUGUUUUUAUGUUGAUGUGCUAUUGUUUUUAAUUUAUUUUAUUUUAUUUGUAUAUUUAACCUAUUCUUGACUCUGUGGUUCUUGCACUUGUUUGGGGAACAAGAUUUCAUUAUUUUUAUCUACAUUUCUGCCUGAGAAAUGACAUCCUGAUAUAGUUCUGUGAUCUGUGAAACAGUUCUGUUAAUCACUGAGGCAUUGUGUGUUUGUGUGUUCUUUGUCCUCAGAACUUUCAAAUAACUUGAGGUGUUUUAUGAUUAAUAGUGAUGUUGUGCUUUUGGACACUGUCCUCAGGCUCCAGCUUUAUGUUUAUAUGUUUUUAUGUUGAUGUGCUAUUGUUUUUAAUUGAUUUUAUUUUAUUUGUAUAUUUAACCUAUUCUUGACUCUGUGGUUCUUGCACUUGUUUGGGGAACAGGAUUUCAUUAUUUUUAUCUACAUUUCUGCCUGAGAAAUGACACCCUGAUAUAGUUCUGUGAUCUGUGAAACAGUUCUGUUAAUCACUGAGGCAUUGUGUGUUUGUGUGUUCUUUUUCUUUAGAAUUUUCAAAUAAACUUGACGUGUUUUAUGAUUAAUAGUGAUGUUGUGCUUGUACUAUUUUGGACACACAGUCCUCAGGCUCCAGCUUUAUGUUGUAUGUUGAUCGUAUUAAAACAAAGAAAACAAUCUGAAGUUGUUGUUUUUAAGUUAUAUAUACCAUGAUUUUUCCGGUCCGGCCCACUUGGGAAUAGAUUUUCCUCCAUGUGGCCCCUGAGCUAAAAUGAGUUUGACACCCCUGCUAUAGACUAUCAGAAGCAUUUAUUUUGUGAAGUGGCUGUUGGCAUCUGAGUAGGAGUAUAUCUCCCUCUGCAGGACAUACGUUGCAAUUGCAUGUCUUUAAAUACACCCUAAACCUAGUAGGAAAUAUUCUGAAAUCGAAGUCGACUACUGUUUACAGUAAUGGUGGAUUAUUGCCAGGAAAGGGGCUCUAUCAGGUGUGUAUGGAGGUCGGGGUCGUGUUCAGUGUAGGUAGCACAAAAAGUUUUCUCCCAUUUAAUGUCAAUUGAACAGGACCCAGAUCAUGUUAGCAUGUCUGUUGUGUUUUAAGGAAAUGGUGGACUGGUUCAACGCCAUCAGAGCAGCCAGAUUUCACUACCUACAGGUUGCUUUCCCUGGGGCCCACCACGCUGAUGUAAGUCUCUCUCUCUAUCUUAUUUUCGUGUUCUCUCAUUAAUCCCUCAGUCCCUUCCUCCCUAGUAUACACAGGUAUUAUAUACAGCUGGCCCAAUUCUGCUCCCUAUCCCUUCUCCUUGGCCUUAACCCUUCAAUGUUUGCAUAUCCCAAGGGUCUUGAUAGAUAUAAGCAGUGUAGUGGCAUAUCUUCCAUCCUAUUGCUUAUACCUUAUGGAUCUGCAAACAUGGAAGGGUUAGGGCCAAUGGGAAGGGGUAGGAAGGGAACUGGGACUGGCUACACACACCAUCACAUGGUCACAGAAUAAAACAUUUCUCCUUCUUCUCAUGUAUUCGUCCAGUUGGUGUCAAAGCUAACACGGAACUACAUCAAGGAAGGCUACAUGGAAAAGACGGGUCCAAAGGUGAGGUCUUUUAAUACUUACACUUUAGUUACUUACACUUUAGUUACUUUGUGACACGACACUUAAUGCUUCUAACUUUAUCAGCCCAUUGGGUUUCACUGUGAAUGUGGUUUCAUUUGCACCACACAAACGUACCGCGUUAAUAACGGCCAUUUACAGCCUCAGCCACAGUAUAUUUGCAGAGCCUGUGAGCUGAAUGCCUACCUCAUACUGCUUGGUGUUGAUAAUGUUUUGUUGUUCCAGAAUGGGAUCCUGUAUGUAAGCCAAGAAAGCCAUUAGCUAUGAGAGUGCAAUAAAGUUUAUUCGUUAAAGAGGCUAUACGGAACCUUUGCCUCUGGGGGUGCUCUGGAACUAAAAGGGGUCCCCUCAAUGGACAGAAAUAUUGCCCAGAAAUGACCUCAUUGGACAGAAAUACAUUAUUUUUAGGUGAAUCAUUAGCAACUGAACAUCUGUAAAGCCUUUUUAAUUCCUUCAACCUCUGUCUCCUAUUUCCCUCUUACAGCACACAGAGGGCUUCAAGAAGAGAUGGUUCACUAUGGAUGACAGGAGACUCAUGUACUUCAAGGAUCCUCUGGUAAGAUAGUCAGUGGAUAAAUUAGGUGCAAUGUCAUAUGGGUCAAAGAGAUGGUGCUGUACCAUUUCAGUAAAUAACUAUUAGUAACACUUUAUUUAGGGCUUACAGUUCAACAGGCUCCAAAAUGACUGAUAAUAGCUAUGAUUGAUAAUCAAUUGAUAAUACCCAUUAUAAGCAGUUCAUUGGUACUUAUGCAUUAUGGCACUUAUAGUACAGUGGUACUGAACUAAUGUUAUUUGCAGGUUAUAUUAUGUAAACAAACAUUCAAAUUAUUUAUUGGACCUCAUAUACAAUGUGGCUGGUCAGACACACACUGAGUCUCCUCUCUGUUUCUUUGUGAGGAUGCCUAUGCGCGCGGUGAGGUGUUCAUUGGUAGUAAGGAGAACAGCUACACUGUGCUCCCCGGCCUUCCCCCGUCCACCCAGGGCUACCACUGGCAGUUUGGCAUCACCAUAGUAACGCCCGACAGGAAGUUUCUAUUUGCAUGUGAGACCGAGGAGGAGCAGCAGGAUUGGAUGUCUGCCUUUCAGGGCGUGGUGAACCGACCUAUGCUGCCCCAGGAAUAUGCAGGUAACCACUCACAUGACUCUACCCAGGAUUUGGCCAAGGAAAACAUAUACAUUUUUUACAUUUAGCAGACGCUCUUAUCCAGAGCGACUUACAAGAGCAAUUAGGGUUAAGUGCCUUGCUCAAGGGCACAUCAACAGAUUUUUCACCUAGUCAGCUUGGGGAUUCGAACCAGCGUCCUUUCGGUUACUGGCCCAACGCUCUUAACCACUAGGAUAUCUGCCGCCCCCUAGUUUAAUAAAAUGUGGGGUCUUUUACUAUGGGGGAUAUGUUGAGUAAGGUGUCCAUUGGUGGAUCUCUCUCUCUCUCUCUCUCUCUCUCUCUCUCUCUCUCUCUCUCUCUCUCUCUCUCUCUCUCUCCUCUCUCUCUCUCUCUCUCUCUCUCUCUCUCUCUCUCUCUAUCUAUCUAUCUGCAGUGGAAGCCCACUUUAAGCACAAGCCCUGAGAGGAGGAGGACAAGAAAGAAAAAGAGGGAGCCUGGACUUGAGGCUAGACUGGAGGCUGGACAAAUAGGAUCCUUCUCCUCAUCUGGAGAAAAAUAA